AUGUCGCACGAAAUGUCCCACCUGGGCCCCCAGGCCUUCAACCACGACCAGAGCAAUGAUGCGGAGGCCGAGUACGACCGACUCCGCGAUCUAGCUCGCCAGGAGGCCGCUAAGCGCGGCUCAUGCUUCUCUCGAUCGCAAGAAGCCUACGCGAACGGUGAUGGCGCUCGCGCCAAGGAGCUGUCCGAGGAGGGAAAGGCGCACGGUCGGAAGAUGGAGGAGUACAACAGGCAAGCUUCCGAGUUCAUCUUCCGAGAGAAUAACGCUAGCGGGCGCGUUGCGGAAGACACUAUCGACUUGCACGGCCAAUUCGUUGAAGAGGCGGAGGAGAUUUUGGAGGAGCGUAUCAAGUACGCCAAGGCGCAUGGGCAGAACCAUUUGCAUGUGAUUGUUGGAAAGGGCAACCACUCCGUCAACCACAUUCAGAAGAUCAAGCCUCGGGUCGAGCAGGUCUGCCGGGAACUCGGUCUGCAGUAUGCCACAGAGGAGAACGCUGGCCGUAUCUAUAUCAACUUGACUGGCGGCGAGGCCGUUAUGCCGCCACACCACCAGGCUCCAUAUGGGCAACACCAGCAGCAUCAGCAGCCGCAUGGCCAGUACCCUGGGCAGCAGCACCAGCAACAGCCGCAGCAGCAGGACGAGAUCGAGCAGAUGGUCAAUGCUAUCCUACCUCGUGUCAUGCGCAAGAUCGAAAAGGCGUGCUGUGUGGUCAUGUAA